AGCAGACUGGAGGGAGGGAAGCGUUAGGUGGGAAGGAACAGACGGCGCGACCAGCUGCGGCGGCGACAGUAACAUGGCCGCGCUCUACGGAGGUGUGGAGGGGGGAGGCACACGGUCCAAGGUCCUUUUACUCUCUGAGGAUGGACAGAUCCUGGCAGAAGCAGAUGGACUGAGCACAAACCACUGGCUGAUCGGGACGGACAAGUGUGUGGAAAGGAUCAAUGAGAUGGUGAACAGGGCCAAACGGAAAGCAGGGGUGGAUCCUCUUGUACCGCUUCGAAGCUUGGGCCUAUCCCUGAGCGGUGGGGAGCAGGAGGAUGCGGUGAGGAUCCUGAUGGAGGAGCUGAGGGACCGAUUUCCCUACCUGAGCGAAAGCUACUUAAUCACCACCGACGCCGCCGGCUCCAUCGCCACAGCUACGCCGGAUGGUGGGAUCGUGCUCAUCUCUGGGACAGGCUCCAACUGUAGGCUCAUCAACCCUGAUGGCUCUGAGAGUGGCUGCGGCGGCUGGGGCCACAUGAUGGGGGACGAGGGCUCAGCGUACUGGAUCGCACAUCAAGCAGUGAAAAUAGUGUUUGACUCCAUUGACAACCUAGAGGCGGCUCCUCAUGAUAUUGGCUACGUCAAACAGGCCAUGUUCAACUAUUUCCAGGUGCCAGAUCGGCUAGGAAUCCUCUCCCACCUGUAUAGGGACUUUGAUAAAUGCAGGUUUGCUGGAUUUUGCCGGAAAAUUGCAGAAGGUGCUCAGCAGGGAGACCCGCUUUCCCGUUACAUCUUCAGGAAGGCUGGGGAGAUGCUGGGCAGACACGUUGUAGCAGUGUUGCCUGAGAUUGACCCGGUAUUGUUCCAGGGGGAGCUUGGCCUUCCCAUCUUGUGUGUGGGCUCUGUGUGGAAGAGCUGGGAGCUGCUGAAGGAAGGUUUCCUUUUGGCACUGACCCAGGGCAGAGAGAUCCAGGCCCAGAACUCUUUCUCCAGCUUCACCCUGAUGAAGCUGAGGCAUUCCUCCGCCCUGGGUGGAGCCAGCCUAGGGGCCAAGCACAUCGGGCACCUCCUCCCCAUGGACUACAAUGUCAAUGCCAUUGCCUUCUACUCCUACACCUUCUCCUAGGGGACGGGCCUUGGCUCCACCCCCUCUAAGCCCAGAGGACAUUGGGUACUGGAAGGGAGGAGUCUUUCUUCCUUUUUUUUCUUUUUCUUUUUUUUAAAAAAAAA